GCAGUCCAUGAGCAGACCUCAGCGGCAAUUGGGAUCAGGAGGUGAGCGCUUCCGAUCGAGAGGAUAAUGUGUUCAAUAUUUCGCAACCGCAUCAAUUACCGUGGAACCGGCGGCGGAACCAGGAGCGGCAGCGGCGAGCGGGAGAGGGACCGCGACAGGGACAGGGAUCGAGAUCGAGAUCGGGAAAUAGGUAAUAGGGACGCCCUGCUGGCCAAGGAACUGGAUGCGGAUAGCAACAACAAUGGCACCGAGCCGCAACUGGAGGCGGAGGCACUUCCUGAAUCGGAAACGGAAAUGGCCGAGGAUCAAGAUCAGGAUCAGGAGGAGCUGGAGAACAGCAACGAGGCCCUCGACCUCUCGCUGAUCUCGUCCAGCGGCCGGGAAUCGCUGCCGGGCAGUGGUCACGUCUCGCUGGAGGCCCUACAACAUACCAAAGUGGCGGUGGCCCAGUUCGCCGCCUCGGCGAUGGCGGGCAGCCAUCAGGGCGCCGAUCUGGCCAUGGUGCAGUCCACCAUCUUCAAUGUGCAGCGGCAGCAUCUGAUGCAGCUGCAGCUCAUCCAGCACCUGCAGAGUCAAUUGAAAAGGGCCGAGGCUGCGGCCCUGGGCAGGCAAACUCAGAGCGAUGAGGAGGAGGAGCCCAAGGAUGAGCCAACCAAUGGCCUCAAGGAGGAGGAAGUGGAGGAUCAGGAGCAGGAUCACGAGGAAGAGGAGCCGCGGCGGGAGGAGAGUUCAAAGACUGACAAGAGGGCGACUGAGGAGAGGAAGACGGAGCCGGAGGGCUACCAACCCACUACCAACAACAUGAUGUGCGACAUCAGCUCGAGCUUGGCCUCGAGCAUCAUCACCAACCACGAUCCCCCGCCGGCUCCCAACGAGCCCAACUGCCUGGAGAUGCUGCAGCGCCGCACCGAGGAGGUCCUGGACUCCGCCUCCCAGAGCCUCCAUGCCGCCCAGAUGCAGGAGGAGUACUCGGAGUACGCCUCCAAGGAGGCCCAGAGUCGCGGCGAGAUCUUCAAGCAUCGCUGCAAGUACUGUGGCAAGAUCUUCGGCAGCUAUUCGGCCCUCCAGAUUCACCUGAGAUCCCACACCGGCGAACGGCCGUUCGUUUGCAAUGUCUGCGGGAGCAAGUUCACCACGAAGGGCAAUCUGAAGGUUCACUACCAGCGGCACACGCAGAUCUUUCCACCUAUGCUGCUGCCACCAGGAGUGGCGCCCAACGUGGGGCAUUCCGGGCAGGCCGAGCAGUAUCGCCUGCCUUUUGUGCCUCCAGCGGCACCAGGUGGUCAGGAGCAGGUUCAGCAGGUGCAAGUGGAGGAACAGGAGGAAUUAAACAGCAGGCAGGAGGUUUCAAUUCCUAUACCGAUUCCCGUUCAGCAGGCCGAAGAUCUCAGCAAGCCAGUUUCGCGAGAGAAGGAGAAGUCCCACUCCCCCGUGGAGCGUGUCAAAACCCCCAAGGAAGUAAAGCCAGAGGUUCAACAGGCAUCUCCACCGGAGAAGCCCGAAAAGGAGGUCUCCAAGCCACCGGCAGUCACUAAUUCUCGAAGAAAUGGCUCUGUUCGCAAGCGACAGACCAGCAGUGCUGGGAGUCCUCCGCAGGAGGACCGGGAACGGGAUCUCGCCGAGCAUUUGCAUAUAGCCAAGCUGGUGAGACGCUCAUCGGCGAGCCGGGAAUCCCAACCGGCCGAGUACUCGCUGGCCCAAAUGGAGCGCAUCAUAGACAAGUCGUGGGAGGAUCUGAUCGAGAUCGACAAGACGUCGGAGACCUCGAAGCUGCAGCAGCUGGUCGACAACAUCGAGAACAAGCUGACGGAUCCGAACCAGUGCAUCUUCUGCCAGAAGGUCAUGUCCUGCCGCAGCUCCCUGCAGAUGCACAUCCGGACGCACACCGGCGAGCGGCCCUUUCGCUGCAAGAUCUGCGGCAGGGCCUUCGCCACGAAGGGCAACCUGAAGGCCCACAUGAGCAUACACAAGAUCAAGCCGCCGAUGAGGAGCCAGUUCAAGUGUCCCGUGUGCCACCAGAAGUUCUCUAAUGGUAUCAUCCUGCAGCAGCACAUUCGCAUCCACACCAUGGACGAUGGCAGCGGUGGGCAGGCCACAGGUGGUCCUACUAAUCCUGGCGAGGCCGAGCGGCUGGGCAUCGAGGAUCAGAACUCCAACAAGUCGCUGGGCACCUCGGACACCCUGGACUUCUCCACCACCAUUUCGGAUCACUCGGGCCAGCGGUCGGAGUCGUCGCAGGGCGGCGAUUUCGAUGAGUUCAUGACCAUGGACAGCACCGACGACUCCAGGGACAACUCCAGUGCGGCCACAGCCACGCCCCAUCCGCUGGAGAGCAGGGAGAGGGAGAAGGAGAGGGAGAAGGAGCGUAGGAUCCCUAACGACAUCUCCGACGAGAGAUCUCAUUCCAAUCCCGAUCUGGCCGGCGGACGCAGCGAGAGUGGGGAGAUGCCCGCCAUGGAUCUUUCCUCACCUUCUUCAUCCACCAGUCGCAUCUUCGGAACCGGACUGGCGAACGGAGGAUCGGGCAGUGGAGGUCUUCCUGGGAUGCUCGGGAUGCCCAUGCCCCCGAAUCUCCUGCUCAUGGCAGCUGCCCGCGAAGAAAUGCACGCUCUAGGUCAUGCUCACGCCAAAUUUCCCCUGCUUCCCUUCGGUCCACUCGGAUUUAUGGGUCUGCACCCGCCCCCCAAUGUGUGCAAUCUCUGCUUCAAGAUGCUGCCCAGCCUGGCCGCCCUGGAGAGCCAUCUGCAGAGCGAACAUGCCAAAGAACCGGCGACGGGCCACGCCCUCCGCCCCCACAGCAGUGACGCUGGAUCGCCGUACGGUGCCAAGCUCACUCUCAAUCCAAAUCUGUUUGCAAAGAAGCCGCCUUCCUCGUCGUCCUCAUCGGGUGACAAGUUGCCGGAGGCAAACGCCCUGCCCUUUGCCCCCGAAAAUCCCCCAGCGCCGCCGAUCAAAGAGGAUCCCGAUCAGGAGCAGCAGAUGGUGGAGGAGGCUGCCUCGGCUGGCGAAGGAUCUGGCAAUGGAGUUGGGUCGAACUAUCCCCAGGAUGCCGGCGAUGCCGAGCAGUCGCUGAUGAAGAUGCAGCUCCAUGCCCAUCGUUUCCCUGCCAGUCCCCUUGACUUUCAGCAGGCUCUGAUGUCCGCCGGUCCCCCGACCUCCAGUCUGGAUCCUCCGGUGAACAACAAGCACUUUUGCCACGUCUGCCGCCGGAACUUCAGCUCGAGUUCCGCCCUCCAGAUCCACAUGCGCACCCACACGGGCGACAAGCCCUUCCAGUGCAAUGUGUGCCAGAAGGCCUUCACCACCAAGGGGAAUCUCAAGGUGCACAUGGGCACUCACAUGUGGACGAAUCCGACUUCGCGGCGAGGUCGUCGAAUGUCCUUGGAGCUACCAAUGCGUCCUGGUCCGAACUCGGGUCAAGGUCAUCCGGGACCGACUGCCGAACAGGAGUUCAUGCAGCGAAGACCGGAGCUCUUUUUUCCCUACCUGCCGCCUUUUUUUAACGGACUGCCACCAAAGCCUGGUGAACUGAGUCCCGGCGCCUUUCCCAAUAUUCCCCCGCCGCCCUUCGCCAACGGCGGCAAGUAUCCCUAUCCGCCUGGACUCCUGGGAUUCCCGGGCUUUCUGGCCCAGCAUCCUUAUGGGUUAGAGCGACGGAGCAGCAGCAAGUCCCCCACACCGGAGCCUCCUCAGAGUCCCUCGUUGCGGGAGGACGAGGGUUCCGGCAAUAUAUGGCAUCCACUGAGUCGCAUCAAGGUGGAGAACAAUCAAAACGAGGCCGGCGGCGGCUUCAGCGAGCAGGAGGAUCAGCUGGAGGCAGAGGCGGAGGCCACCGGAGGUGGGGACAACGAGGAGUCGGAGUCCAGAGAUGCGGAGAAGUAACUGAUGAUAAUGAGAUCUUAGUCUUGGAACACACAUGGUUUUUGUGGAGUACAUAUCUUGAGCAUUACCCUACGCUAAGCUUCAACUAGCACUGACACAAACUCAAACUCAAACACACCCCCCUCCCCAAAAAACACACAUAUACGAAUAUAUCCUUUGUGUCUAUACAUAUUAUAUAUAUAGUACGGUUAAAUGAUAGCGAUCUUCAAGGCAUUUAAAUGCAUUAAGUUUAGCCGGUAAGUUGUAAAAAUAGCGGAUCGAGGAAGGAGUCCCUUCAACCGGAUCAGGCAGGCUGCGAGGUCAGAACUUAACUAAUUUUAUGGCUAUACCUAGAUAUACUUAAACACAUAUACCGAUAAAUACACGUAAUGUAAACUGUGGUAGUUGCAUAUAAAAAAUUGAAAUCGAAAAACCGAAAAAAAACCGCGACAAAAAUGAUCAAAAAUAAAGCCGGCGAG